ACAAGUUGUGAUGUAAUUUCCUCUAGACUGUAGACAAAACAUGACAGGAGCCAAUCGGGUCAUUGCCAUUGCAGUCAAUAUGAAACUAGUCCUGCAUUCUGCAAAGCCCCUAUACCCCAGUUUACCUCUACAGAGGAAGUGUUACAAACCAAUACCCUGAGAAAAAAAAAAUAUAUAACAGAUCAUGUUAUUUUGAUCGAUCUCAUAUGAUACGAUCUUAUCGCUCAUCUCAACUUCCCUUCUUUGCUCGGAAGGUCAGAGGGCAACACCAAUUAUCACAUUUUAAGAACGCCUCCGGUUCUCUGAUUAUGAAUCAUACAGCUGCCUUACUGAGGACCUCUGCACAGCCUCCAUGGACAGGAAUGGUCACCAACAGCACACUUGAUCUAAAUGAUCAAGCAUUGUCCAGGACCAGUGAACAGCAUCCAUGGACAGGAAUGGUCACCAACAGCACCCUUGAUCUAAAUUAUCAUGCAUUUUCCAGUUUGGAUGGACAAAAGACUGAAGAGCCAUAUGCUGCCACAACAUCUGACUAUUCUGAUUACUACAGUUUUGGGAUUGAUCCAUCUGCAUAUUCCUGUGUUUAUGGAGAUCAUGCAAGUACCUUCCUCCCUGUGUUAUACUUUCUGUUUUUUGUGGUGGGAUUUCUGGGUAACAUACUGGUAGUCUGGGUGGUCUUGAUGGGCGUGAAGCUGAGAAGCAUGACCGACAUCUGUCUCCUGAACCUGGCUAUAGCCGACCUGCUGCUGGUCUCCUCUCUUCCCUUCCUGGCACACUCUGCCAGAGACCAGUGGAUCUUUGGAGAUGGUAUGUGCAUUAUGGUCCUCAGUGUCUACCACAUUGGAUUCUACAGUGGGAUAUUCUUCAUUGUACUUAUGAGUGUUGAUCGAUACUUAGCUGUAGUUCAUGCUGUGUUUGCCUUGAGAGUCCGAACAAGGACAUAUGGGAUCUUAGCCAGUGUGGUCAUAUGGAUUGUUGCUGUUUGUGCAUCCUUUCCUGAGUUGAAGUUCCUCAAAACCACAAACAAUAAUAAUCAUACUUAUUGUACAUCGUAUCCAACCACUGAGAACAUUUCCAAUCGUUCAUACAGGAUUAUUGGUAUCUUUAAAAUGAAUGUCAUGGGUUUAAUUCUCCCACUUAUUGUGAUUGGAUUUUGUUACUCACUGAUUUUGAAGAGACUUCUGACAAUUCGCUCGUCCAGGAGGCAGGCCAUGCGUCUAGUCAUUGUGGUGAUGGUGGUCUUCUUCUGCUGUUGGGCGCCAUACAAUAUUGCAGCUUUUGUGAAAGCUUUAGAGCUAAAAGAAUUGAUCCUUCUUUCUUGUCCCAAAAGCAAGGCCAUCCGUCUAAGUCUUCAGAUCACAGAAGUUUUGGCUUACUCACACAGCUGCAUCAAUCCAAUGCUUUAUGUGUUUGUGGGAGAGAAAUUUAGGAGGCAUCUUUUAAGACUCCUGUACAAGACACCCUUCAAUAGAUUGCAAUUCAUGAAGAGUUAUAUUAUGCAGGCCACAGGAUCUGUUUAUUCACAGACCACUAGUGUGGAUGAGAGAUCCACUGCGGUGUGAGCGAAAACAAUUGGUGUAUAGGCCAAAUAAAACCAAAUAUCUAAUAAGGAUUUACUGGGAUGAGAAACAUGUUUCCAUGCACAUGAUUCCAGUACAUCUACUGACAGAUACAAUUCAGCUUUGUUUGUUGUUAUUUCCAAAAUUGAACAGAAUAUAGAAGCCAGCUCACAUUAAAAGGAUCACUCUAUAAAAUGCUGAGUUGUUUUAACCCAAAUAUGGACAAUCUCAAACGUUGGGUUAAAAAUGUCAUUAAAAAAAUUAACCCAAUGGCUGGGUUUGUCCAUUUUUGACCCAAAGUUGGGUUAAAACAACCCAGCAUUUUUUAGAGUGUGCAGUUCCAUGAGAUGCAAAUCAAGGUUUCAUUACUCAAACCGGCCAGAAACAUAACACUCAGGCUUGAUGUGAUUGAUUGACCACACAUUGCAAGAGUUCAGUCUCAUUGGUGAAUUCAUGUUGAUUGGGACACUUUUCCCAAUCUUUACAUACAAUGUCAUACACAAGGCUCAUAAUGUUAUUUGUGCAUAUUUUGUAAAUGUUUUCAUAUUUUUUUUAUCUUGUUUUUAUUCUUAUUUUUAGUGGUUUUCAUGCAACUUUUACAUUUUACAAGUAAAUAUGUAUACAUGUAUUUGACUGUUACAGUUGUUUACUAAUAUUGUAAUUAGAUUAACUAUAUUUUGAAACAAUAAA